AUGGCCGGAGUCUCAGUGGCGGCAGAGUGGCAGCUGCUCUACAACCGCUAUUACCGGAAGCCGGAGCUGUACCAGAUGCAGUGGAAGCACGUGGACCUCACAAGGAACAAGGUCGCCUGUGCACCGUUCGGCGGUCCCAUCGCCGCUAUCCGUGACGACGCCAAGAUCGUCCAGCUCUUCGCUGAGUCCGCCCUUCGCAAGCUCCGCAUCUUCACCUCCUCCGGCCGAUUGAUCUCCGAAACCGUCUGGAAGAAUCCCGGUGGUCGCCUCAUCGAAUGUUUCGAAAGUAGCGUUGUGGAGUGCGUGUUCUGGGGAAAUGGUGUCGUUUGUAUCAACGAGGCGUUUGGGAUUUUUGCGGUGCCCGAUUUGAAGAACCCCAGGGCGGUUCAAUUGGCAGAUUGUAAUUUGGAGGAAUUACCGCAUUGUAUAGCUGUGAUCGAGCCGCAGUACACGAUGUCAGGGAAUGUGGAGGUUUUGUUGGGGGUCGGGGAUCAUGUCUUGUUGGUGGAAGAGGAUGGGGUGCAGCAGCUGGGUGUCGGUAUUGGACCUUUGCAGAAGAUGGUGGUUUCGAGAACGGGGAAGCUUCUGGCAUCGUUCACGCAUGAUGGGAGGCUUCUGGUUGUGUCCAUGGAUUUUUCAAACAUUAUCUUUGAGUACACUUGUGAGUCAGCUCUUCCUCCUGACCAGCUGGCUUGGUGUGGAAUGGACAGUGUCUUAUUAUACUGGGAUGAUAUGCUAUUGAUGGUAGGUCCUUACGGUGAUCCUGUGCGCUACAUAUAUGAUGAGCCCAUCAUUCUUAUCCCUGAGUGCGAUGGAGUAAGGAUACUUUCUAACACAAGCAUGGAAUUUCUGCAUCGAGUCCCAGAUUCUACAGUAUCUAUCUUUCAGAUUGGGAGCACCCUUCCUGCUGCUUUAUUAUAUGAUGCCCUGGAUCAUUUUGACAGGCGGAGUGCCAAGGCAGAUGAAAAUUUGAGAUUGAUUCGCUCUUCCCUACCGGAGGCUGUUGAGGCUUGUAUUGAUGCUGCUGGUUAUGAAUUUGAUAUUCCACAGCAGCGGACACUACUGAGAGCUGCAAGCUAUGGACAAGCCUUUUGCAGCCAAUUUCAACGUGACCGCAUUCAAGAAAUGUGCAAAAAAUUACGGGUACUAAAUGCUGUACGCCACCACGAGAUUGGCAUCCCUCUAAGCAUUCAGCAGUACAAGUUGCUUACGCCAUCCGUGCUGAUUAAUCGUCUGAUUAAUGCUCAUAAUUACCUACUAUCUCUUCGGAUAUCAGAAUACCUUGGAAUGAAUCAAGAAGUUGUGAUAAUGCACUGGGCUUGUACUAAGAUAACAGCAUCCUUGGGGAUUCCUGAUGCCAGUCUCCUAGAAAUUUUACUUGAUAAGCUGAAGAUAUGUAAAGGCAUAUCUUAUGCUGCAGUUGCUGCUCAUGCUGAUAAGAAUGGCCGCAGGAAGUUAGCUGCCAUGCUAGUUGAACAUGAGCCACACUCCUCAAAACAGAUCCCUCUCUUUCUAAGCAUUGGAGAAGAAGAUACUGCACUCGUGAAGGCUAUAGAAAGUGGUGAUACUGAUCUUGUCUAUCUUGUCGUGUUUCAUAUCUGGCAGAAGAGACCUUCGUUGGAGUUUUUCGGAACUAUACAUGCCAGACCGUUGGCCCGCGAUUUAUUCAUAACUUAUGCACAAUGCUAUAAACAUGAAUUCUUGAAGGACUUUUUCCUAUCCACUGGUCAACUUCAGGAUGUUGCUUUUCUAUUAUGGAAAGAGUCCUGGGAACUAGCAAAGAAUCCAAUGGCUAGCAAAGGAUCCCCACUUCACGGUCCACGCAUAAAACUCAUUGAAAAGGCACAGCAUCUCUUUUCCGAAACGAAGGAACAUAUAUUUGAGUCAAAGGCAGCUGAGGAGCAUGCAAAAUUGUUAAGAAUUCAGCAUGACUUGGAGGUCAGUACUAAGCAGGCCAUUUUUGUGGACUCUAGUAUCAGUGACACUAUUCGUACAUGUAUUGUACUGGGAAAUCACCGGGCUGCGAUGAAAGUUAAAACUGAAUUUAAGGUUUCGGAGAAGCGAUGGUAUUGGCUUAAAGUUUUCGCUUUAGCAACAAUUCGGGACUGGGAUGCCCUGGAAAAAUUUUCAAAAGAGAAAAGGCCACCAAUAGGUUACCGGCCAUUUGUGGAGGCGUGUGUUGAUGCAGAUGAGAAAAGUGAAGCCCUUAAAUAUAUACCAAAACUGGCUGAUCCCAGAGAGAAAGCCGAGGCAUAUGCUAGAAUUGGAAUGGCUAAGGAAGCUGCAGAUGCUGCUUCUCAAGCGAAGGAUGGUGAACUGCUUGGGCGACUGAAAUUAACUUUUGCACAAAAUGCUGCAGCUUCUUCAAUUUUUGAUACACUAAGAGACCGAUUGUCCUUUCAAGGCGUCUCUUAG